AAAAAAAAAAAAAAAAAAAAAAAAUUAAUUGGAACGCAGAGCGAUUACUUAAUACAUGUUAAGGAUAGAGAUAUCCGUCUGCCCCAAACACCAUAACUAUCGCCGCCGAUAUCGUUGAAGAAUAAACAGACUUUCUUGUCCACUGCACAGCCGCCGGCCCAGAAGAACAAUAAAGGAUGGUGGAUUUGAUGAUGUGGUCAAUAAUAAGUGGUUUACUUGUUGGAGCUGCACUUGGAUAUUUCAUCAGCACUGUACAACUAACCCGCAGAAUCUUUGUCUCGUCGCCCAAAUCUGUCGCCAUAAAUGCAGGACAUAAGAAGGCUCAAUCCAAGGAACCUCUUCAGAUUGAGAAACUAGCUGAUUUACGAAAAAAAUUCAAAAUGGUUUUGGUUGUGAGGAAUGAUCUUAAAAUGGGCAAAGGAAAGAUUGCAGCUCAAUGCAGUCAUGCAACUUUAGGUUUAUACAAGAAACUCCUGAAACGGGCACCAAGAGCCUUGAACAGAUGGGAAUAUUGUGCUCAGCCAAAAGUUGUUGUCAAAAUCGAGAGUGAGGCAGAGAUGCUAGUUCUCCAAGAAAGAGCAAAGUCCCUUCAACUUCCAACCCAUAUCACCAUUGAUGCCGGAAAAACACAGAUCGCUCCAAAUUCAAGGACAGUAAUGGCUAUUCUUGGACCCGUUGAUAAUGUUGAUGAAGUUACAGGUGGACUAAAGCUUAUGUAACAUAACUCUUGGAUUGGACAAUUACCACAAUGUGGCUGAAGGGAGAGCAUGUUAUUUUUUCUGACAUUUCUCGGUGACAAAAUCUGUUUUCCCUUCUUCUCAACCAUUUUAUUGGGAAUGGUUUUCGAGUAGAUAACCCAAUUUUUACAUGGAACUGUACACUUGUCUUACUAGAAGAUAAUCAUACGACAAUUGUCUCAAGAGAGAGACGGAUCCAAUAUAAAUGACAAAGCAACUUCCUGAACAA